AGAAGCUGGUGUUACGUGGUGAGAGAGAAAAAGCUUGCUGCACAAUUUUCUGGACUAAUAAAAGAGAAAUGUGAACUACUUGAAAAGCUUUGCCUUGCAGAAAAAGAGUAUGAAGGCUUAGAGUCAUCUUUGAAAGACGCCAACUUUCGGGAGUUAGAAGAAAUGCAAACUUUGAAGGCAACCUAUGAAGAACUGGGAAGUUGUAAAUCCAAACUUGAGGAUGAAGUUCUCUUUUUAGAAAAACAGUUAAAAGAAGAGAAGUCUAAACAUUCCGAGAAAGAUGAAUUGAUGGCAGACAUCUCACAAAGGGUACAGACCCUAAGAGACGAGUUAAAAUUCUUCACAUCAGAAAUUGCUGCAUCUGAAACAGGCAUCAAAAUAUCUCAAAUGAAUAUUGAGCAACUCAGGGUAGAAGCAGAAGAGACUUUCAAUGAAAACGCACAGCUUCAGAGAAACCUGAACCAGUUCGAGUCGUAG